GGUGCUGGCCACCCACCUCCUCGUGUGCCGUGCCGGCCUUUAUAGGUGCUACUCGCCAACAGCACUUGCCCCAGCAGUCUGUUAAGGCUACACGGGCAUCUUUGUCUUUGCUUUGUUGUGAGAUAAAGCGGUCCGGGAACAAUGGGGAGUCCAGUGGGGAGUCCUUGAGAGACUCACUCCGAAGGGAGAGUCACAGUCUAGGAAUCGCAAGACGAGUCGCAGUCUGGGAACUCGAGUUCCAGCAACUGAAGUCGCUGACUCGGGACUCUGAAGGUGACCACGUUGCAGUCCUCUACACGAAGCCACGGUCUGUGACUCUCACAGCGGGAUCGAGUCGCCAAUAUAGGAUUCUACACCAAUAUUGACGAAAUUCAGCGCACUAACUGAAGAGCUACAGCCUCGUGACUCUCACUGAAAAGAGCCAGUCUCAAUUCACUCAAAAAUUACAGCCUAUGAGUGCCACGUACGUCGCAAUCUCAAAACGGUGUCCUCUGAACUGAAGAAUGAACAACAGGCCUGUGACUGUCACACUGAAGAACCCGCGGUCUCCGGAGGCUCAAUGAAGAGUCACCGUCUGGGAUUCGCGGAAGAGUUCCCGACUCUGCAUUCCCGACCGCUGCAUCUGCACCGUCGUUUGCAAAGUCUCGCCACGCCGCGGGUUCUCGGUUCGAUCUCUCGUCGUCGAGUCCACGAGAUUUGAAGGGUCCCAGGGGAGAGGGCGUCUCUCUCCUCCGCUCUCUAACUGCCGAACCCCGCUGUCUCCAAACUCUUUCCCACGAAAGUCGCCGGAUCUCCCCCCGAAGAUUGGUGGCGCGCAGAUCGAGACUCGAGGGAGCCAACACGCGCCACGGUGUUAACCGCGGUCGGGGAUGGAGCGGUGGCUCGGUGGUCGGCGCACCGUGCUGUGAACCGGUGACCUGGGUUCAAUUCCUGGCCACGGGUAGUCAUCUUCGGUUCACGCCGACCACCCAACCCGCACGCCCGCCCGCCCACCCACCGACCGCCUUGCGGAGCGGUGGAGGGUGGCGGGGGGCGGUAGCGACGCCACGAUGGAGUUCCUCGCGGCGCCGUGGAACGCCAGCGAGAUGUCCGCUGCCGCUAACACCACCGCCACCAACGGCUCGGAGCGGCCGCUCCCUCCGGCCGCCACGCUCGAUGCCUCCGAGGCCUCCUCCCUCUCCUCCUCCUCCGCGGCCAAGGUUGCCACCUCGCUGACGCUGGCCGCCCUGGCGCUGGCCACCGUCGUGGUGAACGCGCUCGUCAUCGCGGCCAUCUCGGCCACGCGCAAGCUGCGCCAGCCCGCCAACUACCUCAUCGGCUCGCUGGCCGUGGCCGACCUCCUCGUGGCCGCGCUGGUGAUGCCCGUGGCGGCGGCCUACGUGGUGACGGGCGAGUGGGCGCUGGGCGGUGCCCUCUGCGACCUGUGGCUCAGCCUGGACGUCACCUGCUGCACGGCCUCCAUCCUGCACCUGUGCGCCAUCGCCCUCGACCGCUUCUGGGCCAUCACGGACGCGGCCGAGUAUGCGCACAAGCGCACGCCGGGACGCGCCGCGCUCAUGAUCGCCGCGUCCUGGCUGCUGGCGGCGUGCAUUUCGGUGCCGCCGCUCUUCUGGCGCCGGCGCGACCCCGCCAAGCCGCGGUGCAUCAUCGAGCACGACCACGUGCUCUACACCAUCUACUCCACAUUCGGCGCCUUCUACGUGCCGCUCGCGCUCCUGCUGGCGCUCUACUGCCGCAUCUUCCGCGCCGCCAAGCGUCUGUACGAGAAGCGCGAGUCGAAGCAGCGCGAGAAGCUGAGCGUGAGCGCAGAGAGCGCCGUGAGCCUGGAGCAGCCUUCGCAGUCCCAGCACCAGCAGCAGCAGCAGCCGGCCGGUAAGCUGUUCCGGCUGCCGCAGCCGUUCUGCAUGUCGGAGACCUCGUCCUCGGACCAGACGCUGGCGCAGGCGGAGCGCUCCGGGCAGCACCAGCAGAGCGUCAGCGCGGUGGCGCGGCGCUCCAAGCGCUCUCUGCGCCCGCCCCGCUCCGUCCGCUUCAUGAGCGCGCGGCUCGACCAGCGGCGGCCGUGCCUCCAGGAGCGCAUCUCGGGCUCGCGCGAGCGCCGUGCCGCCAAGACGCUGGGGCUCAUCCUGGGUGCGUUCGUCGUGUGCUGGCUGCCGUUCUUCAUCAAGGAGCUCGUGGUGAACCUGUGCAAGUCGUGCGCCGUGUCGCCCGAGGUGGCCGACCUGCUCACGUGGCUCGGCUACAUGAACUCGCUCAUCAACCCGCUCAUCUACACCAUGUUCAACGAGGACUUCAAAUCGGCCUUCAGGAAGCUCGUGUCCAGGCAGCCGAGGCUGUGAGGGCGCUCCCGGACGGUGGGGCCGGGAGGGAUGUGGAGACGGCCGACUGACCGGCCGGCUGGCUGACUGGCUGGACUGGCUGACUGGCUGACUGACUGGCUGGCCGACUGGCUGACUGGCUGACUGACUGGCUGACUGUCCGGCCGGCUGGCUGACUGACUGGCCGGCCAGCUGCCCUUCGCGGGACUAGAAGUGAUGACGGCCGAUGGUCGAGACUAACCGUGGAGUAGGCAGCCAAAGGGAUGGAAACGUGAAGGCUUCACAGAGGAUGUCAGCCGAGGAGAUGGAGCGAUGGGUUCGGGUCGUGUAUGUACGUACGCGUGUUGAACUUCUUUCGCACCGCAUGCAGCCAACCGCGAUAAUCGGAGGUGUGGGGGGUCGAGGACA